CUCGUCACCUUCAUUCCUUCCCCUUCCCUUCAUUCCUUCAUCCAUCAAAAUCAAUCAAAUCUGUAUAUAUAAAAUACAGCAAUGAUCUUCUUUUCCUCCUAAUGGAAGCUCGCCAUCGUCAUUGUGGUUAGUUAGUCAGUUACAUUCAUACUGCGUCGCUUUCCGGUUCCUGGUUUUCUUCUGUUACCACCAGCUUGAGAGAGAUAGAGAGAUGCAGAUGGUGAUGAGGGAGAGUGAGGAGGGGAGUCCUCAGGUGACGACUCCUCGCAGCCCGGAGGCGAAAUUGGGGAUGCAGGUUGAGGAUCUCUGGGACGUUCAGGAACCGCAGCUCAGCCCCACCGAGAAGCUCAAUGCUUGCUUUGAGAGCAUCCCCGUUUCCGACUUCCCCCCCGCGGCUCCCGAUCAAGUGAUCGAGAUUAAAUCGGAUGCAAGCUUGGGGGAGGCUGUCAAGCUCCUGUCUCAGAACAAGCUUUUAGGUGCUCCUGUUGUGGAUGUGGAUGCUCCUGAAGAUGCCAGUUGGAUCGAUAGAUAUAUCGGAAUUGUCGAAUUUGCUGGGAUUGUUGUCUGGAUUUUGCAUCAGUCAGAAAAGAUGGAAGGAUCUGCCAUUUGGGAUGAAGCAUGUGCUGAAUUAGAUGGUAAACUUGGUCCUGCUGUCGCAGCAGCUGCUAAUGGAAUGUCUUCUCCUAGGUUCAGAAGUUUUCACCCCGAGUCUCCUACCGCAACUUCUGGAAACUUUUUUGAGGCUCUAACCUCUUCUGACCUAUAUAAGAACACAAAGGUUCGAGAUAUUUCUGGGUCAUUCCGCUGGGCCCCAUUCCUUGCCUUGCAAAAUUCCAACUCUUUCCUGACAAUGCUUCUGUUGCUGUCUAAAUAUAGAAUGAAGAGUGUUCCAGUUGUCAAUUUAGGUGAAGGAAAGAUUGAUAACAUUAUAACUCAAUCUUCUGUCUUGCACAUGCUUGAAGAAUGUGCUGGUCUUCAUUGGUUCGAGAGCUGGGGUUCCAAAAAACUAUCUGAACUCGGUCUCCCUGUAAUGAAGGCUCAUCAUAUUAUUAAGAUUAAUGAGGAUGAACCGGUUCUCCAGGCAUUCAAGUUAAUGAGACAAAAAGGUGUGGGUGGACUACCUGUGGUUGAAAGUGGUGGAAGCAAAGCAAUUGGUAAUAUAAGCAUCAGAGACAUUCAGUUCCUUCUUAUUGCACCUGAAAUCUACAAGGACUACAGAUCCAUCACAGCAAAGAACUUCAUAACAGCAAUCCAACGGUACACGGGGGAGCAGGCAAAGGACUUGCCACUCCCAAGUGGGAUGGUGACAUGCAGAAGAGACGACAGCCUCAAGGAAGUGAUCGCGAAGCUCGACUCUUUGAAGAUCCAUCGGAUAUACACGGUCGAUGAUGAUGGGAAUCUAGAGGGUAUCAUCACUCUCAGAGACAUUAUCUCAAAGUUGGUGCACGAACCUCGCGGUUACUUUGGAGAUUUCUUUGAUGGUGUCUUGCCACUGCCUCCCAACACCAGGGUCUGAUAUGUGUAUAUAUAAUAUAUAUACAUAAACAACACAUCCAAGUCUGACCUUCUCUGCUGAUCUCUUCAAUACCUUUUUCUUAAUAAUGGACACUCUUAUUGAGAACUUUCCAGUGUGUGUAUGGUUUCCCUUUCUGUGUCUAUUCUAAUUACAGGGAAAAUAAAUUUCUUUUGUAAGUACUGUUUGGGUCAUCUUGUAUGUGAGGAAACGAGGAAUUCUUUUUCCUUCUUCUGUCUCAAUAUAUUUGAUAAUUUCAUUUCACACUUUUAUAUGUACAAAAAAUAUAUGGAGUAUGCUCUUCAAGCCUCGUAAAUUUAUGAUGG